UCCACAUAGAGCAGACUAAUAUUACAUGUAUGUAAUUAACAAGUGUUUUAAUUUCUCACUUUUGUCUAUUAAAAACACAUAAUUACUUAUCUAGGUACUCUUUUAUUUAUUUGACUUUGGCACUUUUGGCUUUUGAUCCAAUUUAGCAGUUUUGACUUUUUAUUGAGGAUGCAAAAAGCAGAUGAAAAGGUUUAGCUAAUUAAACAUACAUAAAAAACUGCUCAGUAAAUUCAUGAGAUAAGGAGUAAAUAAACCAAGCAAAGACAGCACUGAACCCUGUUCACUUAGAGACUAAUCAGGGGCUCCACGCACUUCCAGCACAACACUGACGCGUCGUCACAGCCACCACAGAUGGAGCAUUCAUCACCCAGCUCAGUUACACAUAUGCGGAGCAUCCUAAACAUCCCGGCCCAGUCAGCAGGGCACGCCUCCUCACACCACACGAGGCCCGAGACUAAAAAACCUCCAUGUCCACUCGUGCAGCAGCAGCUACUGCUGUUCCUUACAAAAAGAGCCUCCAUGUGACAUCAUGUGUUGUUUAGCUGAGAGACGCCGGGAAUUUGCUCGACCGCUCACAGGCUGUCUGUGCAGAAGCAUCAAAUAGCUGCAAAACAAUGACCUCACUUCCUUUGGUUCGCUGUAACUUAAUAUUCUCCCUCCAACCUGACCUCCGAGUUUAAUAUGUUUGGAAAUAUGAUAAAUAAUCCACGUUAUAGAUUUCAAAUGUUUUGCAAAGUUUGUCCAAAUAAUGUUUUUGUGCUGAAUACUGAUGCUAUUAUAAGGUUUUCUUUUCACUCAUGAAUUGAUCUGUUGAAAGAAAAACGUAAUGUAGCCGUAUUAUGACGCAGCCACCACCGUGCUUUAGUGCUUAACUCUGAUUUUCAUUAUGAUAAAAACUAUCUGAACUCAUUAAUCCUUAAAAGCUCAGGUGAAGCAACCAGGUCAAAAAGGUCAUUCAACAACCAAAAUAAAGUGUUAAAAGAGUUUGAAGUAUGUGCAUUUUAGUAAAAUUGAGAUAUAUUACAGAAUUACUUUGCAGUAUCCUAUUAAUCACAAAAACGUGCACUGCUUGAAGUUUAACUACUUCUGUGUCUGACAGGUAAUAAAUCUUAUGGGGAACUUUUCCUCUCUGAGAUGUUAAAUCUGAGGAUUUGAAGCUGCAAAGAUUUUUCUUUAGACCUAAUUCUGAGAAAUGUUUCAGCAAUGGAGGAAAAACUGUUGGUGUUGGCUUGAAGUUGGAAAAUUAAUCGACAAGAAGAUGAGUUUGUGACCCUUUCACGCUCCAGCUGUUGUCUCAAACACUAAAGAAAAGAACAGUUAAAGCUCCUGUUCUGGAGUUUGAAACGGCGCUGGCAUCCUCUCUUGUUCUACGCAGCUCAGGAGGAGUGAUAAUAAGAAAAGCUGCCAGUUCUGCUUGUCUGAUAGCUGUGAAAAAAUAAACAAAAUUCUCGCUGCAGGAUGUUGGGUCAUAGUGAGGGCUCUGAGGAAGCCAAAGUGAGUCAGUCAUCCUCCAGCGUCCUACAGUCGAGGUUGUUUCUGUGAGAUGAGGCUGAAACGGGCUGAUGACUCGUUGUCACUAUUUUUAUUCUACAUUACUGCAGUUGUUGUAUCUGUGGAUCUGGAACAAUCAGACCUAUCACGAGGAAAAAGUUUGGACUCACUCAGAGAGGCGGCGGGCAGCAAACGGUUACCUCACAGCAGCUCCUGGUUGUCAGGGGAUCUAAACACAACACACCAUGAGGACAUACCACCAAGAAUAGGCACGACAGAGCGCUUGACUCUCAGCAAGCCCAAUGGCGGAGGAACCAAAAAGAAAGGAGUUUCUGCUGGUGGAUGGCUCUGGUGCAGCAAAAAUGACUGCACACAGAUGGAUCUGUCAGAGGACGGACGGCGCCUGUGCCUGGACAAGCGGGGAAAAGGAGAGGAAGGGUGGCCUGCAGUGGGAGCUGCCAGGCUCUCCUCCUACCAGCGUUCCUGUUUCCUCCAGGAGCAGCAGCAGCAGCAGAGAGAGAGGGGAGAGCUGCGUGUGGCUACACCUAAAUCUGCGACAGAGCAGAGGGAACCGAACACCAGGGAGAGGAAAAGAGGGAACUCACGGGUCUUUCCAUGUCAGGGAUGGGAGCCGGGCCAGGUCCAGGAGCAGCAGGGCAGCCGAGGAGGCAGAGAUGGCUGCCUCCCGUCCACGAUCAUGCCUCGAUUACAACGAGCCAAGUUGGGCAAGCAGCCAAGAUGUCUAACAGAUGCACAGAGCUCCCCUGUUAACAGCACCCACCCAGCCCACCCGCCUGCCUGUCCUUCCUCGCUGUGACUCUCCAAACCUCCCCACCCUCCCACUUCUCUGCUCCGGCUCCCCCUCUAAAGCACUUGCUCCUUCCCCUCCUCACUCAUCCUAGGAGCAUGCAGCUUGAAUCCUACUACUCUGGCCACACAUCUGACACCAAAACACCACUAGAAACAGCUUUUCAUGCUCCUGCAGGCAGAAGGCAGCAUAUCCACUCACUCACUCACAAACGUAGAGAUGUUUUCAGUCAUAAAAAUGAUUUUUAAAGCCGUUUGUUCUUUCUGUGAGGGAUUGGACAGCAGAACUGAGCAAUACAACAACUAAUCAAGCAAAUCAAGUGUUCUGUUUAGUAAAAUCCUGUCAUGGUUUUUCUUUUACUUUUGUAUUUUGAUAUUUUAUAAACUUUUGCUUUGAAAUUAUGCAACUUUAGACCAAUAUAUGUUUUUUGUUUGAUUUUUAUACAGAUUUAGGUUUUUCCGCCUUUGUUAUCUCUUAAAAAAAACUAAUCCUAAUCCUGACAUAAUCUCACCAGCAAAAACACCCCUGUACCAAACUCAGUGUCUCAUGUGCUGCUCAUUUCCACAGAGGUUUCAGCAGCUGCUCCCUCCAGCUCCAGGCUACACGUUCCAAAUACUAAACAGGCUUCCUAAAGACGGCAGAAGGGGGUCGCGGACAAAAGAUUUCCCACAAUUCAUUAUACGUGGCACGCUGCCUGUCGCCAGGUCUGAGAACUAAGGGACCAUGGUGGGAAAAUGGCCUGUGAAGAUCUGCAGCAGCACAAAAAUCAGUCACAAGUUCUCUCUGCACCAAAAGAUUUUAUUAAGCUGACUCGUAUUGAUGAAAAUGACGUGUCAGCUCGAGUCCACAUGUUGGAUUUAGUUCAGGGUUAACGUUUUAAAAUGAUAUUACCUGCAAACAUGAUGCCCGAACUUCACUUUUAAUCCACAGUUUCAGCCUUGCAAACACAAAAGUAGUGAAUCGUGUGUUUUAUAAUAGAAGAUUAUAUUCGUGGGACGUCGUUGAGAACCAGAGAAGUCCUUGAAAGACCUCUGACAGUUUUGAACAGACUCUGAUUCAAGGCCACAGUUUGAUUCUGCCUCCAGCUGGGUAUUGUGUGGCUUUUAGGCGUAAUUGCUCCUCAAUUUGAGGUCAUUUUUGAUCCUUUAACGACUGUUUCUGUGUGAUUUUGGUCAUUUUUCAGCUCAUUUUGAACUAAGUUGGGUUUCAUUUACUGACAACGGUUUUGAUUUAUGCAUGUCUGCGUGCAUCUGAUUUUAGUCUCAGUUCGGUCAUUUUUCAUCUGUUUUAAAAAAAGAUGAUCACUAUUUAUUGUUUCCCUGCGAGUCUGCAUGCAGCAUUUGCUAAUUUAGGCCAUGCAUCAUAAUUGUCUUCUAUUUUCAAAUGUUUUAAUUUAUUUUAUGUCUCAUCAUGAAUAAUUGUUGCACGUCUUUGGAGGCAGACAUCUUUUUAUGUUGAGGCCUUUGUCGCACAUUUAUGGUUUGUAUUUCUUCAGAAUUGUCUCAUUUUAGUUGUCUACACUCUCCAGAUAAGUCACACUGGUUGUUUUAUUCCUGUUGAUGAUUUCUGGAAUUGUGGGUUUUUGCAAGGAUAAUUUUACGAUUAUUCAGGCGACGGUGGCACAGGAGUUCAGUGCUUGCCCCGUAAUCAGAAGGUUGCAGGUUCGAGCACCGCUCAGUUUGUCGCUAUCGUUGUGUCCUUGGGCAAGACACUUAAGCCCCCUUGCCUGCUGGUGGGGGUCAGAGGGACCGGUGGCACCAGUGCUCGGCAGCCUCGUCUCUGUCAGUGCGCCCCAGGGCAGCUGUGGCUACAUUGUAGCUCAUCCCCACCGGUGUGUGAAUGUGUGUGUGAAUGGGUGAAUGACUGAUUGUGUUGUAAAGCGCCUUGGGGGGUUCCAGGACUCUAGAAGGUGCUAUAUCAAAUACAGGCCAUUUACCAUAAAUUUGUUUUAAGAGUCAGAUAUAAGGUUAAUUUCUAAAAAAAUAAAAUAAAAUAAACAAGCAUUUAGACUUAUAAAGAAGGUGAACUGUGAAUUUAAAAAAAUCUUUCCUCUUAAUUGUUUAGAUUUUGCAAAUAAACUGCAAAAUAAAACAAAAAAUAAUAAUAAAAUUACCGCAAUGUCAUUAACUGUCCACAUGAUGGCGCCAAAUUACCAUAAGCUGAACCACGACCUUGAUUAGAGUGCGUUUCAAAAUAAAUCUUUAUCUAUUUAACAAUAAACAUUUAGUUAACAACUGAAACAAAUUUGUGAAGCUAGCUGUAAUGUGUAUCAGAAAACAACAAUAAUGACCAACUCUCUCUCUCUCUCUCUCUCUCUUUUCAUCCUUUCUUCCCCUUCUCCAUUCCCUCUUUUUUGUACAUGUAUAUUUUACCCCUUUAGUUUUUGUCCGUAAAGCUUGUAGGAAAACAAAGAAAACCUUCUGAGGGGUUUGAGAAGACUUGAGAUUCUUGGUGUGAUUUAAAGUUUAGAUGUAAAUUUUGACUCCGUUCACGAAAACUCAACCGCCAACGAAGUUGGCAGACUUUCCUUCUUCACUUCAGGGGCGGAGCUUCAGGGCAGGGAGCCCCCGGCCAGGUCUUGGGCCCACCCCUGCGACAAGGAAGACGAGAGGGAACGGCGCCUCUAACACAAACGAUGGACAAGCACUCCCAUAACUUGUGUUCAGAGGAAAAUGAGCUCCGUUCUUAAUGAUUCCUCUCAUGCAUUUAUUUAGGGUUUAUUUAGGUCGCCCCAGUCCAGAUCGAGUCAUGGUUGCUAAAAACUUGCAACCGACUGACUUUAGUGAUGCAGUAGGUAGGGUUAGGGUAGGGUAGGUGUGGAUGGUGUUAUUGGUAGUGGAGGAAAGUCUUUCUUUUCAUGACCGUUUACAUUGGGAGAUUCUCACUGAAGGCAUCAAACCUAUGAUGUGGAGUUAAAAGGUGAAAUAACUGAAAACAUGUUUUAUUUUCCAUUUUCUUCAGAAAAGCCACCCUUUGCUCUGAUUACUGCUUUGCACACUCGUGGCAUUCUCUUGAUGAGUUUCUAGAGGCAGUCACCUGAAAUGGGUCUCCAACAGUCUUGAAGGACCCUCCUCCCAACCCCAGUGAUGCAGGUGUCUGGUUAGAACAGGCUGGACACUGAUCAAAGGGGCUAGCCUCUCCAGAGAAGAUCACAGCAACCUCCCUGAGCAGAACCCAGAGUCCAUCACUGUGGCAGACACCCAACAAAGAGCCUCAGGUCUGAAGAACUGGACAGCUCCAGGACCUGACAUGAUCCACCGAAGCCUGCUGGCUUAAGAAGCUCACUGCACUCCAUGAGUGUCUGGCAGCACAGAUGAAGCAGCUGCUAAAGGAUGGGACUCACCCUGAAUGGCUAACUGACUUGGCUAAUACCAAGGAGACGCCCUGUCCCCACUGCUGUUCUGCAGAGGUCAGAUCCCCGUCUACCAGAUAAUCCACAAGACUGGCCAUGGACAGCACCUCCUCUACAUGGAAGACCUCGAUCUCGUCAUCCAUAUAGAGGCGGUCUAAUCUUUAGGUGUUUGAAUCGCUCUUAGUCCGACCGCCUACCUGAGAGACCAUGUUGUCAUGGAGACCCUAACAGGGGCUAAUCAACCAGACUACACAGCUUCCAGGAAUGUGGAGGUCCUCAAACCCUCCCACCACGAUAAGGUGGCGAUUCUGCGGGAGGGAUGUUUUUGUUUUUUUUUUUUUGUCAUUUUAUUGUUUUUUUGUGUAUUUUAUAUAGUUUUUUUUACUCUACUUUAUUUUAUUUGAUAUAAAAUACAUACAGUUUACAAAAAUA